AUGGACAAAUUUCAUCAGACGGGAUACGCGAAGAAGGACGAUUGCAAAGUCUGUGAUGUCGAAGUUCAUCUACAAACUGUGACGUGCAAUGUUUAUUUUAGAAGUCUGGAGAAGCACGAUCGCCCGAGGGCUACACUCGACAGUGUUCCAGAGGACCUAAGAACUUUACCGGAUGGCUCACUCUUCCUCCAAUUCAGCCAACCAGGGUUGUACAUCUACUUCUCAAGGAGAACAGUUCAGAAAGCUGUGGACAAUGGGUUGACUGCAGUUGUGACUGACGGGAUACAUAGACUCCCCCCCGAAGAGCUGGGCAAGGAUGGGCAGCUCUACACGAUCCAUGGAGUUUGCAACGGAGGUGUAGAUGUCCCGCUCGUACACGUGCUCACAAAGAAGAAAAACCUUUCCGUGUACGAGAAGGUCUUCAACACUGUCAAACAAGAACUACUGGCCCUCGGCGUCGAUCUUCAGCAACUACGCAUUAUAAUUGAUUUUGAGCGAGCAGCGCUAGCGGCUUUGAGGGCCUUUUGCCGGAAUGUGGAACAAGUGGGACAAGAAGGAGAUAAGGACAAGCAACAUUGCGGAGACGUACCACCGGUGAGUGAAGAUUCUUCAGCUUAUUAG